AUGUUGCAGCGUUCCAAAACAAUUGAGUCAUUAUACGAUACUGACAAGACACAACAACAAACAAUAGCCAUCAUCCUCGCCUUUACAGCCGGAACGCUGAUUAACCGGCGGCGCUUGAAACCGCAUCAACAUGCUCAUCAACGUGACAUCGAAUCCAUACCCGAAUGCAUAGCCGGCGAGAAGAGGGCUGACGUCUCGUCAGCCGAGCGCAGGAAGAAGAGAGGGAGAAGCGGCUCGGAUCUGCUCGUGUUUCGAUGGCUGUCGUGGAUUUUCGGGACGUUUCCGUUUUUGCCGGAGAUUUGGUAUUGGCUUUUGACAUAUUGGAUAUACCAGCUUAGCCGUGCCUUUACAGCCCGUGCUAUUGCCCCCUAUCCGCACAUCUACGCCCUCGCCGAGGAGCACGCGCUGCAGCUGCUCGCCGUCGAACGCUUCCUGCACAUUGACUUUGAGCAGGCCUUUCAGGCGAACAUGCUCACGAACCACCCGUGCAUCAUGCCGGUGCUGCGGCACGUCUACCACUCGCACAUCAUCGUCGGCGUCGUCUUCAUCAUCUACACCUACACGUUUCUGCCGCGGCCGGUGUACCGCCGCAUCCGCCGCACCAUUGCCAUGGACAAUUUCAUCGCCUUUGUGAUUCUGUCGCUGUGGCGGGUAGCUCCGCCGCGCAUGCUGCCGCCCGAGUACGGCUUCGUGGACGUGCUGCACCCCACGGCCGUGGAGCCGGGCUCGGUGUGGACCAACAACCGGUUCCGGCUGACGAUUGCGGCGAUGCCGAGCCUGCACUUUGGCACGGCGGUGCUGUUCGCCGCGUGCCUGGCGCGGUUCAGCCCGCAUGUGCUGGUGCGGUGGAUGGCAGUGCUGUGGCCGGCGGUGAUGUUUGUGACGGUGGUGGCGACGGCGAACCAUUUCGUGCUGGACGUGGUGGUGGGCGCGAUGGUGCCGGUGCUGGGGUGGAGGUGGAAUCGGGGCGUGUUGGUGUUGAGGGGGGUGCAUGAUUGGGUGCUUUCGCCGGUGACUCAUCGGAUGGAUUUGGAGGAGUGA